GUGCGUGACCGUACCGGGAGGAGGGUGGCUCCGUGCGCGGCCACACCGCGAAACCGUGCCCACUCGCCUCAACCACGGACAUCCACGCUAGUUUUCUCGUAUUGUGAAAACAUGGCGGCCAGUGACGACGAGCCGAUGCAUCUCUACGAGGUCUUUCAAAAUUGCUUCAACAAGAUUGCCAACAAGCAACCCGAAAAGCCAGGCUUCCAGUCACCCUAUGGCUCUACGAUGGACAACGGAAUGUCGUACGGGAGCGGUGGUGGCGGUGGUGGAGGUGGUGGAGGCGCGUUCGGUCCAUCGGUCGGUGGUCCUGGCGGGGGGCCUGGGGGAGGUGGUCCUGGUGGUGGAGGUGGUGGUGGUGGUGGCGGUGGGGCCGUCGAAGGUGCCACCUAUCCCCCGGACUCGCCGUACUUUCCGUUUGGGAGUAGGGGUGUACCUCCCUCAGUUGUAACCCCUACCCCCGCCACUGCAAAUCCGGCAGCCCCCACAGGAACGAAUGGUGCACGGUUACCUAAUCCCACGGUUGGUGCUGCUGCCGUAAAGAGAAAGAAAGAUACACUCGAUGGAGCAGCGGAGGGCGAAGUUGUAACGACGCAGCAUUGGUUAUGCAACCAGCCACCACUUCACAUCGUAUAAACUUUAUACAGUAUACAGAGUACACAGUGUGAGCCGGCUUUAUAGAAUGAAUCCUAGACUUACAACAGAUCAUCGUGUGGAUGAAUUCGCCGCGAUUCUAUUGGAUACUCGCAACAUCCAGAUUGUGUGUACAAAAUAGAUGGAGAAUUUGGAGGCGCGAAGCCAUUCUAAUAGAAAGACUGUUUAUUGCAUCGUUAGAGAUUACAACGGUAUUCAUUGAACCAUCGUUGGUUCGAGAAUACAGGAAAUACCGUGCACCCGGCCAAAAUGCACGCGUGAGCGAUAGUUUACGGGCAUUGUGGGAUUAUCGCGAUAAAUUAUGGCGU